CGCAGAGCUCCGGGCUCGGCGCGCGCUCCGGGUGCAGACACUGCCCAGCCGGGGCGGCGUGGGGCGCGGAUCCCGUCGUCCGCUGCUCAACCUCCCUCCCGGCGGGGCCGCGGGGCGGCGGCGAAAGGGGGCUCCAGGCCGAUCGACCACAGCAGCUCCGCAGCCCUGCGGCAGGUCCCCGGGGACCAGACUUGUCUAUCGUUGACUGACGAUGAGUUCAGCCCCAGACCUGCAGGGGGAGUAAGGACCAUCCUAUCCUGAGUUCUACCAGUCUUCAGCUAACCCGAGCCAAGCCUUGUCUUCCUCUUCAGCACAGACGCCCGGGGGUCCAGCAGCUACGCGGACAGUGAAACCUGCGCCCGCUUUCCCGACGGAGCAACAUCAUGGCCACUGGCAUUCCGCAGGCCUGCCUGGCCGCUGUCGCUGUCCUCUUGCUGCCUAUGGCCACUGCCAUGCACUCUGACUGCAUCUUCAAGAAGGAGCAAGCCAUGUGCCUGGAGAAGAUCCAGAGGGCAAAUGACCUGAUGCUGAGUGCGAAUGACUCCUCCCCCGGCUGCCCCGGGAUGUGGGACAACAUCACGUGUUGGAAGCCAGCCCAUGUGGGGGAGAUGGUUCUUGUCAGCUGCCCUGAGCUCUUCCGGAUCUUCAACCCAGACCCAGCCUGGGAGACUGAAUCCAUCGGAGAGUCUGACUUUGAUGACAGUAACUCCUUGGGUCUCUCAGACACAGGGGUGGUGAGCCGGAACUGCACGGAAGAGGGCUGGUCAGAGCCCUUCCCUCACUACUUCGAUGCUUGUGGGUUUGCUGAGUAUGAAUACGAGACUGGGGACCAGGACUACUACUACCUGUCGGUGAAAGCCCUCUACACCGUUGGCUAUAGCACAUCCCUUGUCACCCUCACCACGGCCAUGGUCAUCUUGUGUCGCUUCCGGAAGCUGCACUGCACCCGGAAUUUCAUCCACAUGAACCUGUUCGUGUCGUUCAUGCUGAGGGCCAUCUCUGUCUUCAUCAAGGACUGGAUCCUGUACGCGGAGCAGGACAACAACCACUGUUUCAUCUCCACUGUGGAGUGCAAGGCCAUCAUGGUUUUCUUCCACUACUGCGUGGUGUCCAACUACUUCUGGCUGUUCAUCGAGGGCCUGUACCUCUUCACCCUGCUGGUGGAGACCUUCUUCCCGGAGAGAAGAUACUUCUACUGGUACACCAUUAUUGGCUGGGGGACCCCCACUGUGUGUGUGACGGUGUGGGCUGUGCUGAGGUUCUACUUCGAUGAUUCAGGCUGCUGGGACAUGAAUGACAAUACGGCUCUGUGGUGGGUGAUCAAAGGGCCUGUGGUUGGUUCCAUCAUGGUUAACUUCGUGCUCUUCGUUGGCAUCAUCGUCAUCCUUGUGCAGAAACUUCAGUCUCCAGACAUGGGGGGCAACGAGUCCAGUGUUUACUUCAGCUGCGUGCAGAAAUGCUACUGCAAGCCACAGCGGGCUGAGCAGCACUCUUGCAAGAUGUCAGAACUGUCCACCAUUACUCUACGGCUGGCACGCUCCACCCUGCUGCUCAUCCCGCUGUUUGGAAUUCACUACACGGUCUUCGCCUUUUCCCCGGAGAACGUCAGCAAGAGAGAGAGACUUGUGUUUGAGCUGGGGCUGGGCUCCUUCCAGGGCUUCGUCGUGGCGGUCCUCUAUUGCUUCCUGAACGGGGAGGUGCAGGCGGAGAUCAAGCGCAAGUGGCGGAGCUGGAAGGUGAACCGCUAUUUCACCAUGGACUUCAAGCACCGGCACCCAUCCCUGGCCAGCAGUGGUGUCAACGGGGGCACCCAGCUCUCCAUCCUGAGCAAAAGCAGCUCCCAGAUCCGCAUGUCCGGCCUCCCGGCUGACAACCUGGCGACCUGAGUCCCACCCCAUGUCCCCUUCUCUCCUCCACAGCACAGGCCGGGGCGGUGGGCAGGCGGGUAGUGUGUGGCCCACGCGUGUUUGCACCUCUUCCCUUCCCCCGGCCGGCCUGGGCUGCUGGCUUGGCUCCUGGAUGUGGGGAGGAGGAUUCAGGGCACAGAACGCUAUGUCCCCUCUUCAUUGUUGACACUGGCCCCUACCUGCCCUGGCUCCCUGGGUCCUGAUCCCAGACCUGUAAAUAACUCAUCCAAUUUGGAAAAGUUGCCACCUCCCUUGCCCCUUGGUCCAGGGUCCUUGCUCAUGCCCAGGCAGGCCCCCAGCUCCAUCUCCACUGCAUCGCCACCAGCCUCCAUGGCGGCCUGACUCCUUGUGAGCAGAGGUCAAACAGAUAGCCCUGCCCCAGCAGUGUCUGAUUCUGGGUGCGCCCCCGUGGGAGUCCGCUCACACCGUGCACUGCCCUUCCUGUCCUGGGCCCAGCUCUUGAGCUGGCCAGAGGGGCAGCAUGGCCUCAGACCAGGGGCCUCCUCAUGCUUCUCCAGAGUCCAGGGCUCUGGAUGCCAGACUCCUGGGUACUGGCCAGUGGGACAGAGACUUGAGCAUGGGCAGGGGCUGUGGGUCAGAGAAAGCUCUGGUGCUUUCCCCGUGGCCCAAGAAGAAGAACCGAGAGCCUGGCAUGUGGAGGGUCUGAUGGAAGGAGUCUGGGAGAUCCGUGGGAGAAGCCCUCUUAGUUCCUUCAUCCCCCACUACCACCUCAAGAUGGGCAAGGAUUCUGCAGAGAGUCUCCAUUCUGCCCCUCCUGCUCCCAGCAUCAGUGACAGCAGGUGAGAGAUGGCCCCAGAGGUGAUAUGUCCGAACAUGCCCACUCCAGAGCCCCUCAGCUUCCUGCUCCCCAUUUCGCACGUCAAAGCCAUGGCUAGGAUGAACCAAUGAGCCAGCCCCGUGCUUGUGAUGUCAGCAAAUUCCGAAGCGGGGCAUCCUCUUCACCCAACCGCCCUCUGUUGACAGUGAGGAGCCUCAGCCAGCAGCUCCUGGGGCUUGGGCUCCGCUAUUGAACUCUUUCUGGGACCUUUGGGCCACCAGAGGGUGCGACAGUGUCUGGAAAAGAAGAUCAUUAGGCAGAUGAUGCUGAAGAGGCAGGGGUGGCCACUCCCCGACACCUGCCCAGCUUCCCCAGCUGGAAGCUGCACCUGCAUGGCCACUACCCUGAGAAUCGAGAUGGAGGCAGGGCUCCUUUCAGGGAAGAAGAGACGCGCUCUGCAUCGCCAUGGCCCCAUGUGGGCCCAGUGAAUUCCAUGUCUGCCCUUGGCCCAAGUCUGUGUGCAGGCUUGUCUCAUGAUUGUGUUCUGCAGUGUCUGGCGUUUGGGUCCAGGGACAUGCUGCUCUGGCUGCUGUUGUAAAGCAGAAGAGCCCAGGGGACCGGUGGGAUUGUCCCUGGAGAAGCCAUCAUUGACUGGGAAAGGGCCAGACUGCUGUGGUCCAGCGAUGAGCCGUGUCCUUGUACAGUAAAGCCCAGCUGGGUCCCCAGCCUUUGGAAAAGCAGGGGUGGAGGGAAGGGAACGGUUGCUUCCCUGUUCUUGGGCACAUUUGGUGAACUCAGGCUGACCAGGGGGAAGCAGGGACCCAUGCACCCAACUCCAUUAUCCCUCACAGGUGUGUGACCCAGGCCAGCGUCCACUGGCUGCCCCCACUUUGGACACCAUUAGGGGCUCCUUGGAGGGUGCUGUGGCUUAGGGCCCAGAGAUCAGUCAGCCUCCUACUGCUGAGACUGGACUCAACGCGUCAGUGUGAGACCUCGGUUCCCCCAUUUGUGAGAUGAGGCACUCACAGUGCUUCCCCGGCUCUGUUCAUGGGCAGUUGUCCAGUUCAAUGGCCAGGCAGGUCAAAGGGCUGGCGUGACAUUUACAUUUUUGAUGUGUAGCUGUGUGCUAUACAUAUGCAUAUAUGUGUGUGUAUGGAUGGGCGUGCUGUUUAUUUUCCCUUUCUUAGAAGGGGACCUGUCUCCUCCAUGUGAGCACCACGGGGAAACUGGUGGGGCAGGCUCUGUUCCGGAGGGAAGGGCCAGGCCAGGGGUAUUUGAACAGGUGUCUUGGAUGUGAUGGUGAGGUGCAGACAGAGCCAUACACCUGGUCAUGGUAGGGCUUCCUGUGGGGGUGGGCAGGGGUCACUUCUGGAUCACAGGAGCUGUUCCCUGGGGAGAGGUCCCACUCCUUUAUCAUGACCCCCACUAGCAAGUGGUCUUCACUGUGGGAGAAGAACCCUUAACGUUAUAGAUGUAUUAUCCUACAAUGACCAAAACACAACCCUGACCCCCAGAUCCUGUGCUGCCACCUGAGUUCCGAGCCGGGGUCCCCCCAGAGGUUCUGGUUCCCAUCAGUGGGCUUUGCUGUCUGCGGGGGUGACUGCUGCCUUGUGGCUGAAUGUUCCAGGAGUGCAGGCAGCUGGCCUUCAGGGUCGCAGGCAGUGUGGGGACAGCUUAAAUCUGAGUACGUAGACUCUGCCCUUUCUGACGCUCUGUUUUCAAAUCCAUAAAGUGGGCAGUAAGACUUAAUGGUUUGUACAGGACAUUGCAGCUCAGAAAUUCACUGUCUAAACACCAGUCAUGGACUCUGAGUGGGUCCCAAGUAGGACCGAGCUAUUUUUCUGGACUGAAACACAUGUCUUGUGAGGAAGAGUUGGGAGACUUGGGAAUGGUGGGAUUAGAGAGGAGCAGCCCUACAGUGGCCUGUCUCCAUGUCUCUAGGGGAUUGUUACUUCCGAAGGGGUUAUUCUUGUUCUAUGCAAUCCUAAAGAACAGAACUCUGACCCAUGGGAGGCUAAAUUCUGCUUGGGACAGUGCCAUUUCUCAUGGCUGUCCAGCCACAGUACAGUGUCCAGAGAGCAACCUCUGCCAAGUGGAGAUGGGCUUCCAAGUCCGGGAUGCUAAGGCUAUCAGGGGCCUGGGAUGGGGUCAGAGCGUGGGACUUGGGCGCUGCUGAGGGUUCACGAGUCUCCAGGCUAAGGCCAGCCACGUUCUUUGUCUCAGUGGGAAACUGUGCCCUCCUUGAAUCUGGGCCAUGGAUCUAGAGUGAGUCCUCCCUAAAAAAAGUCCCUGACCUAGGUUCUCUGGAGAACAGAGCCAGGCCCAAGGCUUGGGAUCCUCCAUAUCCGUUAACACCCACCUCCACCGCUGACUCACCUCCUCGCUUGGCUCUUGUCAGUCCCAGGAAAGGAGAAUGCAAAGGGGGUUUCUCUGAAAUUCUCUGAGGACCCCUGCUCCCUUCAAAGUGGGAGCCAUGAGUCCUUUGUCACUAGGAGUCCCUACUUGAGCACAGGAUCCACGAGACCAGUUGGAAGAGCCCUGAGCAGGGAAUGGGGAAUGAGGUUUUCUCCCAGUUCUGUCAGGGACCUGCUGUUCCACCUUGGCAUAUUUCCCACAGAGAGAUGGCAUGGGUUGGGGUGGCGGGAUUCACAAAAAUCCUAGAGCUGGGAGGAAGCUUGGAGUUCUUCAGAUCAAAGUUCCCCGUUGGAUGCAUAAGAAAACACUUAGCAGGGAUGUCCAGCAUGGCGCUUGUAUCCAAUGUGCUAUAUAAUGGUCCACAUGAGCCAGAAUGCCACUCCCAGUAAAACAUCCAAUAGACAUGCAGUGUUGCACAGGAGGGGCGCUGGAGAUACAGUUUUCCAGGACAUGAGGUGCGAUGUGGGAGAAGCCUGCUUACUAACCGGCUUCCCCACCUGUGAGAUUCCAAGCCCUCACCUCUCUGGACCUCAGCCUCCUCAUCUGAGAAAUGGGUAGACAAGCUUUGCCUGGUCUACCCCACAGGUCAGAGAAAUGGUUCAAGUCGAAUCUUCCUGUGUGUAACGUGCUUUGAAAGUGGCAUAUGUGUGGACUGGCUACUGGGAUGAAGCCCUGACCCUCCUGAAAGAUCCUUUUGCUCUUUGUCUAUGGCUACUGCUUUGAGCCCUCCCAGAUUAACCUUUGCCCCAUUCAUUCACACCACCAGCAUCGGGGACAAGGAGGCAGCCAGGAGGCUCUGGGAAACACAGAAUUCCAGUAUUCUCUUUGUCAGCCUUCUGCUUUUUCUCUUGGGGUUAGGGUGGGGAGACGUGAGGCAGCAUUUCCAUGUGAGCCUUUCAGAAUCUUUUCAAGGAUCUGGACUAUCUCUCCAGUGGGCUGUGACCCAUACCUCCUCUUUUCCUUGAGCUCCAAGUUCCCGGAUGUGUGUCUUGUCUGGUGUCUGUCCGUCUGCUGUAGCUUUGCUUCGGUCAGGGCUUGAGUGGCACAGCCCUUGGCAUCCCAAGAGGCAUGUUACCGAGCUCACUCCUGGGAGCUGGCCCAGCCUGGGCUUCCUCUCACACGGUCAAGAUACGUCCCCGCAGAUCUCACUGCUGUUGCCGUUGCCGCUCAUGCUGUGCUGACUACCUGGUCCAGAUUUUAAGGAUGUCAACUUAUGUAGAUGAUUCAAUAAAUGUCUUAGCCCUUUU